UUCUUGGACUCCUUUCCUUUUACAUGUCUGUAGCAUCAUGCCUGUACGUUCGGUUCUGCGUUGAAAUUAUUCCAGAAUGGCUUGCGUUUCCGUCAAAUUCGUAUCCCAGAAAGUGAACAAAGUUCGUUGGCAGCCAGGUGAUCUGCAAGGUUUGCAACCAUCAUAUACCUUUGUGACAGGGAGUUGGGAUAAUGACGAAAACAGGAUAUGUCUGUGGCGUUUACCUGGCUUAAAAAAACAGAGUGAGAAGUUUUCUGACUUCGAUGGCUAUCCCUCCCAAGCCGCUAACAGUGAGAUAGAUGGAGAUGGAAUUGACAGCGAGCCUCAGCUUGUCUAUCAGGAAAAGCACGAGGGGGACGUGACAGAUUUGAAGUUCAUUAAUCAAGACAUCUUUCUGGCAUCUUCCUCUGCCGGGUCUGUCCAGGCGUUCAAGUUGAUGUCAGGAACUCAGAAAUUACGCAGGAUUCAACAGUGGGAGGGGCUUCACCGACUGCGAUCUAGGGCAUGUCCAUGCACUAGCAUGGCUGCCAGUGGGACCGACGUAACGACAGCCGGGGAGGAUGGCAGGAUUAAUGUUCUACGGUUGGAACACGGGCCUCCCAUCAGAACCAUAGAUCAAGCUGACAGUUGUACCAUCAAUGCUGUCACCUAUCUGAAAUCCAACCAAGUGGUGACCGUCAAUGCCACUGGCCAGAUGAAGAUCUGGGAUCUCCGACAACCCGACUCCCAGCCUGUGAGGGUCUUUCUCCUCACUGGUGAGAUGACGGCGCUGCAUUGCGUGGAUCGCCACCCCACCCAGUCUCACCUGGUUGCAGCCGGCAGCCAGAACAGCGUCCUGAACAUGUGGGACCUGAGGAGAGAAAAGUACCCCGUCACUCUCUUCGACGGCCAUGAGGGACCGAUUUGGGAAGUCAAGUUUCACCCCACGUUCUCUGACCAUCUCUUCACCUGUUCGGACGAUGGCUCCGUUCUGCACUGGAACGGCUCCGGAUCCUCUUCAGCUUCUCAGAUAGCCGCGCAGAAUGCCAGAUCUGGGGAAUCCAUCUACUCCAGCCUUGGUCUUGGCGGACUGCCCACCAAGCCUACGCCCAGCUCACCCACCAGCCCCUGGCUGGCCAGUGACCCCUCCCACCAGGUAGACAUCAACCACGUACUGCCCUCCAACGCUAUGCCUGUCAACAGCCUCGACGUGGAAGCCGACCAGCUGGUGUGUGGUACGGACGGCGAAGCCGUCUUCGUUGUCCAAAAUUUGGGACUCCGUUGAAGGAGCGUCGUCGUUUGUGUGUUUUUUUUGUUUCAUGAGAUUAAUUGACUUGACUGUAAAACCCACUGUGAAGUUGGACAUUCUGGGGGGCUUGUGACCUGAGGUCAGCUGGUCAUCGAGGUCAGCCACUCAGCCAAUAGCUCUAAAAGAUCCAGCAUAUUCAUGAAAGUGGGCUUGCCAAGGAGGUGAAAUCAAAUGCACAGACACCAACAGCCUUAAGAAAUGUACAAAAUUGACAGAACUGGCACUCGGAUUUUCACACUCAUUUCGUGCAUCAGGAACUGUUAAAACUUUGGAUUUGUUAAAGAAAUAGUCUUUCCUUGAUGCAUUAAUGAACGAACCUGCCUUGGUGAGGCAACAGGGGACAUGUCAAUCUCCUUAAAUGCACAUUUCCAGUGGCCUUAAUUAACCACUACGCCUACAUGUAUUUGUCUGUGAUUGGUCAUAGUACAUCAGGACAAGACUGCAAAGGGCAGUCAGAAUGUUACUUUUGCCCAAUUUUGAUGGGGUAACAAGCCAUCCCAAAACUAUUUUGAAGUAACUGACAUACAAAGACCCACGAGGAAUUGUUUAUAAUCUUUGACAUACAACCGUUAGAUGUGCCCUGCUUCCCUCUUUGAAAAGUCAGUACAGUGCCUUUAAUUUGUACCUGGCUAUUGCUAAGAAAGUGUGAAAUUUGCAUCUGUACCCCUUAUCAGUGGCUUACACUGUCAAAAACAGGGGCCAUGCCCCACUGGAUGGAGAGCGUUUGCUAUUUUGUUUUGUUUUGCUGUUUGUUUUUUGGCUAGUUGUUUUUUUUGGGGGGUGGUAAAUUCAGUAAAUUAGCACUGGAGAAUAUAGGAAAACAUUUUGGGGGAUAAAGUUAAACACUUUUAUCGCUAAAAAUACAAUAUAUGCAAAUCUACCGAAACAGAAUGGAUUUCUGUAUCUUGUGGGCGAGGUUAUAGUUAAAAAUACCUGAAUAAACAGUACCCUGUCAGUGUCA